UUUAACCUCAGAUGCCAUCUUGAAUAGAUAAAGCCCAUUUGUUUACUGGCUAAACAGCAAGACGACUUUUUGUACACUGGGAACCACCCGGAUGUUUUGAUGUGACGAGACUUCGUAUUUUGAUUGCUGCGGCACACGAUUACUUCCCUUGGUGAACAUGAACUCUGAUCAAGUGAGCGGAAAAACCCGAGUGAGCGGAAACACCCGAAUACACCGAGACAGCGGAAAUACCCGAGUAAGCAGAAAUACCCGAGUGAACGAAAACACCCGAAUACACCGAGUGAGCGGAAAUACCCGAGUGAGCGAAGAGAGCUGACACCGCAGCAAUGGGCGCUGGUGAGAAAUUUAUUGGGUAUACAUUUCGCCCUGAUGACGCGUCGCUGCCCAGCUCGUUAAGAUAUGGGUCAGUGUCCCACACGGCCUUGAACUUGUUCAGUCUGAGGAAGUCCAUGCCGAACGGAUUAAUCAGGAAUGGAAGAAGCUUGCAGACGUGCCUGUGUCACAUGACCAGCAUUGGUUACCUCAGAGUUUUAUUCUGGUCUUCACUGAGGAAAAUCUACACGAUGGAACGUCCCAAGCUAUACAGUCUGGUUGCUAUGGUGAUCCAGUCUUCCCUUUUGGCCUUAACCAUGAGGUACUCGAGAACUGAGCAGAUCGAUGGUGUCAGAUAUGUGACAUCUACAGCAGUGCUUAUGUCAGAAGGCAUCAAAGUUAUCAUCUGCCUCCUUAUCAUGGCUUUCACUGCAAGGAAGACACUGUUAAGUCAGCUAUCCAGUAUUAUGAAUACUCGUGAUGUCAUCAAAUCCUGUGUACCUGCCAUUUUGUACACAAUACAAAACAAUUUACAGUUUGUUGCAAUGAGUUAUUUAGAUGCUGCUACUUUUCAAGUGACCUACCAGUUGAAGAUACUGACCACUGCCGUCUUCUCAGUUUGUUUCCUCAGACGUCAGCUCGAUGUCAUACACUGGUCAGCGUUGAUUUUAUUGACAGCUGGAGUAGCCAUUGUCCAAUUCCCCAGAUCCAUUGACUGCCCUAACAGUGACGGUCAGUGUGAGAGUGGCCGAGGGGAGGUGAAGAAUGUUCUGGUUGGUGGCGCCUCUGUGUUGGUCAUGUGUGUCAGUUCUGGAUUUGCUGGGGUCUACACGGAGAAGAUUCUCAAGUCCACCAGUGGUGCUGAGGGCAUGUGGGCCAAGAAUGUUCAGCUAGCAUUUAUCAGCACCGUGUUUAGUUUCUUUUAUGUGUACAUCAAUGAUGGGAAGGCUGUGAUGUUGUCAGGUUUCUUUCAAGGCUAUGAUUCAAUCACAUGGAUUGUUAUAGUGCAGCAGGCUGUGUUAGGUCUUGUGAUCUCACUUGUGAUGAAAUUUGCUGAUAAUAUUCUCAAAGGUUUUGCUUCAUCCAUAGCCAUCUUGAUAACUACUGUAGUUUCCUCCCUUCUUCUACAUGAUCUGCAGUUAACAUGUUCUUUCCUGAUUGGUGCAACUGUUGUGAUGGGGUCAGCUCUACUUUACAGCGUUGAUAGAAGUGUAGAUCACAUGUCUUCAGAAACUAUCAUUUGAUCUAAUUAUUACAAUAACUCUACUCAUGUAGAUCACUUGUCUUCAGAGACUAGCAUUUGAUCUAAAGAUUACAAUAACCCAACUCAUGUGAAUCACUUGUCUUCAGAAACUUUCAUUUGAUCUAAUGAUUACAAUAACUCUUCUCAUGUAGAUCACUUGUCUACAGAAACUUUCAUCUGAUCUAAAGAUUACAAUAACUCUUCUCAUGUAGAUCACUUGUCUUAGUGGCGGCAGUAGUACAGAAGAAAGUACUUUAAAACAAAGUUGAAAGUGGUUUCACAGUUCUCAACCCAACUCUGCAUACAGAA